GCCCACCCUCGCGCCUAGGGCCUUACUUACUGCCUGCUAUUAUCACUUGAGUCUGCGCCCUGUCUCGUCCGGGCACCCGAACAAAACUAGACCCCCUCCCUCCGUAAUCAGAUUCUUUUUGUUCCCUCUGCACUGCAAAGUCAGUCCAUGGCCCGUACAGCUCCGCCUCCGUCGCAACAUGCCAUGCCAUUUGUCGUGCCUCAGAUUCCAUCAGCAUAGGUCAGAUGCUCCCGAUAUAACGUCAGAUAAAGCCACCACAUCAUAGGACAUAGCAUUGGGCUGGACCCGACUACCGCAUAGCGACCAUUGAUACCCGCGCCUACAAUAGACCUUGCCGAAACAACACCCGACGCCAGGGAUAUUGCUACUCUUACGCACAACAGACUCAAUCUUGGCAGCUUUCGGGCAACCUCACGCGACCUCGCUCCCUUAGACGGUCGGCCUCGCGAUCCGACGGCGACCGGCAUCAAGCCAAGCCUGUCCCUCAUGUCCGCCGUUGUAGCGAACGCCUCCUCGCCCUCUCGCUCGCCUUCUCACACGUCGAACAGCAUUCGGUCGGGACGAAGCUCUGGUCAGGACUCAGACCACAGCUCUGUGCACAACUCCGCCCCUGCGCCGAAUCUGGUCGAGUCGGGCGACGUGGCCGAGAUAGCGGAUCUGACUCUUGACGCUGUCAAAGACUACCGGAAAAUCAUAAGGCUCCUACAAUGCAGGGUGUGCUCGGGCAUACUGCAGAAACCAGUCACAACCCCAUGCGGGCGAAGCCUAUGUCAAAGCUGUCUCCCCGAGACACAUGUUCGGCACAACAUUUCAUGGCCCGCAACGACCAACUGGCUUGAGGGCUUCACCUGUCCGUUUGAAGACUGUGGGAAAGAGCACGCUCUCGGGGCCUGCAAUCUAGACGUCACGCUGGCCAAGGCGAUUGACCUGUUCGACACAGCUCUAAAUGCGCACCAGGGGCCCUUGGAGCAAUCCGGCUUCUCAGUUCAUGUCACAGCACUCGACGAGUGGCAGGUUGCUGGCAUCCCCUCGCUGGCUGAAAGAGAUGGCAGCGAAAUGAUCCACAGUGGCAGCCGGCUCUUGGCAACUUACAUGUUAGUCAAGGCUGGACAACUCAAGUACGAGACAGAAACGAGCUAUGCCAUAUUGCAGGGAGACAACGACGCCCUUGACGCCGCGGAAAACACAACGUUUACCAAGAUCAAGGAUUCCGUGCGCACGGAGAUGGACUGCCAGGUCUGCCAUGCUCUGUUUCUGGACCCGCUGACCACAAACUGUGGUCACACAUUCUGUCGAAGUUGUGUGCGGCGGUUCCUCGACCACUCUACACUCUGUCCGAUUUGCCGCCGCUCACUGGCGCUCCAAGCUCAGGCCAGCGAGGAGAGCACGCCACCGAACCUAUGCCUCACCAAGAUGCUCAACGGCUUCUGGGCUGACGAUCUUGCCGCCCGGGUUCAGGCGCUUCGGCUGGAGCAACAGGCCAGCCAUGGCGGAUUCGACAUACCAAUUUUUGUGUGCACAUUGUCAUUUCCACGUAUGCCUACGUUCCUCCACGUCUUCGAGCCCCGCUAUCGCCUCAUGAUGAGGCGUGCGAUGGAGGCAGAUCGCAUUUUCGGCAUGGUGCUCUUCAAGCGACAUCCCGUGCCAGGUGGUCCCCAUUUUGAAGAGCUCGGCACUCUUCUGCGCAUUGUUAACCUCGAGUACAUGCCCGAUGGCCGGAGUCUUGUGGAGACUAUUGGAGUGUCGCGAUUUCGUGUCACACGAUCGGGUCUCUUCGACGGCUACAUUGUUGGGAAUGUCGCUAGAAUCGACGAUAUCAGUGUUGAGGAGGAAGAAGCCAUGGAGAUUGCUGAGACGACGCGGGGCCAAGGGGUUCGCAAUUUCGCUCAGCAUGAUGUCCCGUAUGACCCUGAAAAUGUCGAAGAUCAGCCGCCGCCGACGCCGAUAUCUCUGGAGGAGUUGAAUUCAAGAUCGACGCAAGAGUUGGUUGAUAUAGGAAUCGCAUUUGUUCGCAGGAUGCAGCAUCAGAGCGUCUCGUGGCUCGUCCCUCGUAUCCUUGCGAUCUAUGGGGAUUGUCCCACCGACCCGGCGACCUUUCCUUGGUGGCUUGGUAGCAUACUGCCCGUCAGGGAUGAGGAGAAAUACAGGUUGCUAAGCACCACCAGUGUGCGAGAGAGGCUCAAGAUAUGUUGUCGGUGGAUCAUUGAGUGGGAGUCCAGCAGAUGGUCAGUAUUUCGCAGGCACUAAAGAGUAAUCUUUCAGAAUGACUUGGGCACCUCUACCGCGGGGGGCAAACCUGCUGCCCAAUCGACAUUGCCCAGCUGCCACUCUACUGUCCAAUAUCCUGCAGUUCAAUCAAAUUCUAAUUUUAUCUUUUCUCCAGGUCCUUGACAGACUGUCUGGUG